AUGAGCAGCAUAGGCACAGGCUACGAUCUGUCUGUCACCACCUUCUCCCCAGAUGGUCGUGUCUUCCAGGUCGAGUAUGCCACCAAGGCCGUUGACAAUAGCGGGACUGUUGUUGGGAUCAAGUGCAAAGAUGGCAUUGUCCUGGGUGUUGAGAAGCUGGUAACCUCAAAGAUGAUGCUGGAAGGGUCAAACCGGAGGAUCCAUUCUGUGCACCGGCACUCUGGCUUGGCUGUUGCUGGUUUAGCUGCAGAUGGCAGGCAAAUCGUUUCAAGGACCAAAUCAGAAGCUGCCAGUUAUGAAAAGGUCUAUGGAGAAGCCAUUUCUGUGAAGGAAUUGGCAGAUCGUGUGGCAAGUUAUGUUCACCUUUGCACGUUGUACUGGUGGCUCAGGCCUUUUGGCUGCGGUGUUAUUCUUGGAGGUUAUGAUAGGGAUGGGCCACAGCUCUACAUGAUAGAACCCUCAGGAGUUUCUUACAAAUAUUUUGGUGCUGCAUUGGGGAAGGGAAGACAGGCUGCAAAGACUGAGAUAGAAAAGUUGAAACUUUCAGAGCUUACCUGCCGGGAAGGCAUUGUUGAAGUUGCAAAGAUAAUUUAUGGAGUGCAUGACGAAGCAAAGGACAAAGCUUUUGAGUUGGAGUUGAGCUGGAUCUGUGAUGAAUCAAACCGCCAGCAUCAGAAGGUUCCGAAUGAACUGCUGGAGCAGGCCAAAGCUGCUGCUCAGGCAGCUCUUGAGGAGAUGGAUGCCGACUAA